UGACUGAGGCGAGUUUUUGGAGAAUGGUUUGAAAUAGUGAGCUCAUUUAGAUGAUUUUCAGAUUUCAAACCGUCAUCGUGACAUCACACUGUUUCUUGUGACGUAAUGUUCCAGUUAAUAAUCUUAUUGGUCGUUGCUUCCUGGACUGUGCUGCUACUUGGUGGCACCCUUAUGCUGUUUGCUGUUCCUGGUACCAUCUUCAUAGCAGUAACAUUGGCUGGUCUUUCCUGGGUCUAUUGCUGGUAUAGAGUGUUGAUAUUUGCUUCAAGUUUCGCCCAUCGUCUCCCUCUCGAGUACAUAUCAGCCUUAUGGAAGUACAUCACUGAUGUAACCCCUCCCUUUGGUCAAGUCAUUCGAUAUUGGAGGGCGCUAAGCCGUAGAGGGGUACUUGAAUCCAGUAGGUUUUACCUUUGUAAAAGUGUAAGCUUCGUUGGUGAGACGAUAGUAUCUUCGGUACGAUUUGUGACAACUCAGCAUAGACUCCACGUGACCUUGAUCAAGUAUUCUAUUCAGAUAAUACUCUGGCCUUUGGUCAUGUCAAUCAAGGGAGCAAUACUCGUUCGCCAUUGGACAAUAUCAAUGAUUAAUUGGUUGUUAGAUGAUGUGAACAAGUUGCUAUCAAGACUGGUUGCUUUGAGUAACCACUGCUUUGGAACACGUUAUAAUACUUAUUGCUUCCAAGACGCCAUGUCCAAGGCAUGGGUUUUUCUCAAUGACUUUCCUUGCACAGUUUACAACUCUCUCGCGUGUAGAGUCAAAGAUUUGAUAUUCUCACCCUGUUACUUGUGGUUUUGGCUUGUAUCUUUCCUUAUACCAACAGACAUCAGUACCAAAGGACCCGACGACAUUGCUUUGGUAAUUGUGACUAAAGUUCCUUUGAUCGGCCGGAUUGGUUUUGUACAAAAGACAGCUAAAAGCGUAGCAAUAUUCCUGAGCAAUACACUGAAUAAAAUGAUCACACUACAACAUCACGUGAUCAGUGACGUGUAUUUGAGAUGUCACGUGAUCAUGUUGAAAGUUCAUUCCUACGUUGACUGGUAUGUUAGUAUUCCAGGAGAAGUGGUAUUGUUAUUUGUACGCGAGACAGUGGUAGCCAGACCAAGAAGAUUGAUUACAAAAUGGGUCCAGGAAAAUGUACAAUUUCCUGAUAUUUUGCAAAUGACAGCCAACCAUGCAUUCCAUGAUAUGCACUGUCCCUACCAGCAAUUAUCCAGCAAGGAUGACGGGAAACAAAGAACCAAGCACAGACUUCCAAGAAAGAGGCUUGUUAAUCACCUCUAUUCGACUAAACAUCUCGAUUGCGUUACAAGAAAGCGUGACGGACAUGAUUACACGAAGCAUGGACCUUAAAGCGAAAGUUGUUUUGAAAUCAGCGCACCGCAAAAUGAUAUCGAAAUUGUGAUUGCGCUAUGGAAAUAUAAAUGAUUGGUUGAAAUAAGAGGGCGCGAUUAAAAUUGCCAUCGCUCCAUUUGUGUGUUCUACAAAAUUUUGUGUUAUUUCAUGGGAGAUGUGCGUGUUAUUGUUAUUGCCAUUACUCACCUGGAAUGGGAUCGUCACAUCAUCGUGAUAGGGCUGCUUGACUGCUAGAGCAAGGGCCACCCUUGUCGAACAGGUCGAAGGGUAGUACUCAGACAAAGGGAAAUCCCCUGGUCCUCCAAGUUGAGGAUUGCCAUGGGAAUAGGUCCAUCAAUUUUGUCCCAUAAAACUAUCCGGGUAUCGACAACAAUACAGUAGACAGAUA